UCGGUGACGAACGUUGGGCCGCUCACUAGUACACAAAGUAGAAGAGCUGGAGCCACAGGGAACAAGAUGUCAGUCGCCCAGGUUUUCGCCGAGGAGUUGCGGUAUGCCGAGCUGGAGGUCUAUGGAAGUGUCAACCGGGAAAUUUGCAAAAUGGAAAAACAACAAGUUUGACAUGCUUAGAAUCGACCGUUGUUCUCGAUAGAGCCGCCACUUCUUUCCAAGCGACGCAUGACAAAUUUUUCCCACCCCUAGGGGCAUGCUGUGUAGAGCAAAGAAAAAAAAAGUAAGACAGGGGCUCUCGUCAUGCUCUUCAGCAAACCCGUCCAGCAGUCUAGUCACGUUGACAAUUUUGAUCAGUUGCCUCAAUUGCAACACGGAUAUAAUUUUUUGUGUGUGGCGUAGAAAUUUUCCUUUUGUAGUCGAUUUCCGACGGGGCGCUAGCAUAAGGCGAAACUCAGGUCCUUGGUGUUGGAGUUGAACGCACCCGUCGUAAAGGACUUGACGGCUUGCGUCAAUCGCCUCGCAGAGUUGCAUGACGUGGAGGAGAAGCAGGAAACCACGAAUCGAAAACUCGAUGACGUACAUAAGGAGUUUUUUAAGGAUAUUGCAAAGAAAAUCUAUCAUGCCACUGCCAGUGGAGUUGCGAAGUAAAGCUACAGUCCCAUAUCACGAAAAUAAAAACACCAGACCCGCGCUGACCUGGAGGCAGAGACAUCGCGAGCAAAAGAGGCGCUAGAAGCUGCAGAAGACCGGCUUCUGACGACUAAAGUUGCACCUUUGGAAGCAGAGAUCCGGCUUUUGCAGGAGAAGGAAACGAAGAAUGAAGAGGAGGUGCAAGAGUUGAAAGCCGCGAUCACUGACGUGAAGCAUCAGCUGGAAAAAGAACGAGAGUUGAACGAAAAACGGCAAGAGCAGCAGAAGAAGCAGGUGGAAAAAAUUCGGGAAAACCAAGACAUGCUCUUUGCGCGGCUGGGCGAAUUUGCGGACCGGGAGGUGCUCGACGACUUUAUCGAAAGGACGGGGGAGAAGCUGGAAAAAACCGAGAAGCAGAGCAGCAAAGUGCAGGAACGCAUGGCAGAUCUCGUUGAUAAGGUUUGAAAUAGACUGGUGCUGCUUGAUAGAUACAACGCAAGCGUUUCGGUAAACGAGAAGGACUUAAUGAUGCAGUAUAUAAUCAAGCGGUUCAUGAAAAUGCGUGCAUAGACGUCAACAAGUCGCCGCGGGCCGUGGGGUGCCCUCGGGAACGCAAAAGCGAGUUACCAACCCUAUCCAAGGUGAAACACGUGGAGCGAGACCAGGACAAAAUUAUGCAGGAAGCUAGUUCCCAGCUGAAGCGUUCGCAGGCGAUGGAAGCGAAGGUGUCCGUGAUUUUGGAUGCCGGCCCGGGACAAGCCGGGACGGGUGGCGGGACGAAAUCGGUCGCCGCCCAGACCGCCGGGUUCCUGCGCGAGAUCCGCGGUGGGUUUCGCGACGAGAUGACGAAGAUGCGCACGGAAGGCAAGCAGAUUCUCGAUAGCGUGGUGCAGGUCCGCGAAGAGGUGGCUGAGAAGAUGGACGAGAUGCGGCUGGAAUUUCAGCAGAAAAUGGAGGAAAUGAAGAAGCUUGCAGCCGCCUCUCCCCAUAAACGCGGGCUGGGCAACAACGGCAGCGGCCGGCGCGUGGUGCCCUCCUCAACGCGAGGGACGGUUGAGAACAACGGCCAGCAGCAGCAGCCUUCGGCCUUGUCGCGGCGCAACAGUUUCCACGUGCAGCGGCAAGACAGCAUGAACCACCGCCGCGGCUCGGUCGACAGCCAACUCACGAAACAGCGCCAAACCUUCGCGAACUUCGACAAAAGCGCUGCCAGUGCGGACGAUUUGGGAAACGGAAUGCAGCUUAUGGGGGCGCGAAGCUCUUUUCCAGUUGGUGGUUCUUCCAUGAGCGGGGGGCAGCAAUCGUUCGAGAACAAUGCGGGUGGUUUGGAAAACAAGCAGCACCCGUUUUUCCAGCGGAGGUCUUCGUUUAACAUGAACAACAGCAACUCGCUCGCCAAUUCCGUCGCCCCGAGCGGCAUCCCCUCUCCGCGCCGAGUUUCCGUGAACGAGAUGCGAAGACUUAGCGCGUCGAGCGUCAUUUCCGAGCGCGGUGCUGGCCCGGACGGAGCCUUUAGCUUUAGUCCCGGGGGCAUGGGCCUGCCCGCGUCACAGAUGGAGCUAAUGCAGCGCAUGCAGAGUCAGAUGAACAUGGGCGGGGUUCUUUCUGGCAGUGCCAGCAACUUUGCUGGAGCUGGUGCCAGCAACGGGCCCAUCACGUUCGGUGGUGCAAGCAUGAUGAGCCGCUUGGCGAGUAUCGAAAACAGCGAGCAGGAGAAGAUGCCACCUCUGCCGGAGACAGGGGUGGUCCGCGAGAUCUCCUCGGACUUCGACCUGGGGAACCAGUCCAGCGACGCAGACGCCGACCCAACAGGACUGUUUUCACGGAAGAAAAAGAACAGGGCAAGCAACAACGCUGUGCCCGGUAAAGGGAAUGCUGACAGCACAACAAAUACGGUGGAAGCCGACGCUGAGAAGAGGGAGAUGACCGCCGAAAAGCAGAACGUCGCUAUUAAGGGCUCGAGCGAUGCAAAGAAGAAAAGAAAGCCUGCGGCGAAGGAGCCUCUGGUGGUAAGUGAUCCGAACAUUCUGAUCACGGCGGGAGAGAAGAAGGAAGACGGUCCUGAGGGUGGUCCAGCCGCAGCCGUUGCCAGUGCAACCUCGCAACUACCCCAGCAGAAUUUAUUUGUCGCAGGUCUCACGCCGGAAGUGCAGGCGCAAGCCUUGGCAGCUUUUUUCGCGCAACAUCAAGGUGCUCCGCCUGGAACACUGCUUGGUGGGGCAAGCGUCGCUGGAGUAAAUCUGAAUUUUGCGGUGCCAGGAACCACGAACCCUGCCGUCCCGACCGCGUCGCACCUGUACUACAAGCCCGAAAUCGUGAAUUUCAAGGGAGUAUUCCUCGAACCCCGUAUUCAGCAGCAAGAGCAACUGACGGCGGAGUUGCUCAGCUCCAUCAAAACGCUAACGAAGGCGCUGCAGCUCGUGUUUCACCAACUUUUGGGUAGCUUCGUCGGGAACAACAGCGGUGGCUAUUUCUAUCACACGGGAAAAAGCUCAGCUUCACAGAAAGCAUUUCAUGACGCCAGCGGUGUAGGAACUACAACAACUUUAGCUGCGAAACCUCCAUCUGCAUCGGCUGAUAUCUUCUCGCGGUGCCAACAGAACAACCUGAAAGAUGCUCAAAUUCCUAUGCCGCGCUUCCUGCAAGUGCGCCGGGACGGACGUGGUGCGGCUACACGAACGCUGGACCACGGGGGGAAUGCAGCAAUACAGAAACCUCCGACCUUGCUCAUUUCCCCCGGAAUGAAUACGACGGGCGCAAGGAAAAGGAAGAUAGCAGAGGCAGCAUCUUCCGUUCAGAAGCAUUCAGCUCGUGGCGACCCGCCAGACUUGAUAUCACCAUCGUCCGAUCCAGCAGAAGAAGGAGACUACGAUAUGGUGAAAGUAGACCAGUUGCUUUCAACGGAACUCCACGAUGAACAGGGAGACAAUCUUCAGGACAACCUGCACAGUAAAGAUGGGCAUCGAACUAUUAAAACGGCAGAAAACCCUCCGCGGACAGCCUCGCCAGAGUUUUUGAAAACCGCACCCAGCGCGACCGCGGCUUUGUGGACGCGGCUGAAGAACAGAGAUGCGGUGCCAGACCAGCGGAGCCGGAGUCCGGAGCAACGGAGUGGUGACGUUCGAGGAGGUGGGCGCCGGAAUGGCAAAGCGCAGAGGGCAGUACUAAAGCCCGAGUUACCAAUCGAGGCUGUGGUUUCCUCGAACGGAUUGAGUAGUACCGGCUCGAAGCUGGACCUGGAGCGCUUCAACAAAAGGAGUCGAGAGGACCUCAAAAGAAUGCAGAAAGUGCUGGCAGAGACGAUGCUCAUGCUAGAUCAGAAG